AUGUACUUUUGUUUAAUUGUGGCCUUUUUGGUCCAUGUUAUCUCGUCCUACGCCCUUGUUGAUGGAAUUUGGAACCCGAAUGCUCCCAGCUCUCUGGGCCGGCGCUCACCAGAUGUCAAUGGACCACUAGACGACGGGGUUCUAGAAAAGAGAGGUGCUACGACUUGCGGUCCCUCUGCCAAUAACGCUGGAGUCUGUGGGACAGGUCCCUAUUACUGCGAUGCCCCAUCGUGCCAUUUCCAAUAUGGCCCUGCUUGCGAUGCCAACCAAACCCCGGCAGGUGUCAAUACCACCUCGGUACCCCGGCCAAAAUUAGGCAGCACUCCAUACGGUGUCAGUAUCAGGGACUGCGGCAUCCCUGGGAAGGUUGCCCUUACGUUUGAUGAUGGCCCCUAUAUUUACACGUCCGCUCUGCUUGACCUCCUCAAGGAAAAUGGUGUCAAAGCCACCUUCUUUGUUGUCGGAAACAAUGGUGGAAAAGGGCAGAUCAAUGACCCCAAGACGGGCUACCCUGCUCUCAUCCAGCGAAUGUAUAAUGAGGGGCAUCAGAUCGGGAGCCACACCUGGAGCCAUGCAGACUUGUCCACUUUAUCCCGCCAGCAGCGGUACGAUCAGGUGGUCAAGAACGAGAUGGCUCUGACGGAUAUUCUGGGAUUCUUCCCCACGUAUCUCCGUCCGCCGUACGAGUCCUGCAAUACAGACUGCCUCAGUGACUUGAAAGACCUAGGCUAUCAUGUUGCAAACUACGACAUCGAUACACUCGACUGGCAAGGUGACUAUGGGCAUAGUCAGAACAUCUUUUCGAGUAAUCUGAAAUCCGUCAGUCCCUCAACCCGCGGAUUCAUCUCCCUCGCCCACGAUAUUCACGACGAAACGGUCCACACCUUUACAACCUAUAUGAUCGAUACCCUCCGUGCUGCUGGCUACUCCACAGCCCUGUAUGGCGAAUGUAUGAGCGACCCCCCGGCAAAUUGGUAUCGGAAUUCCACUACGGGCCAGCCAUUCAAUGGCAGCUCCCACAACUCAACAUCUAGUUCCACUGCCAAGUCAGUCUCCGGCAGCACCAACUCGACCACAACGGACACCGUCCAUACCUCAACUACAGCUACGCCUAGCGCGGUGUCGGGCGGCGAGGGGGCUUUUGGAAGCCGGACGGGCAAUACCACUGUCAGUGGCACAAAUAGUACGAUCGCAAAGAGCCAAUCAGCGACGGGAACGGGCACGAAGCUUUCUGGGACGACUGCCAAGGUUGUAGGGGCUGGCGUGGUGUGGGUAUUGACGUGCUGGGCGUUCUCGAUAUGA